AUGGAUUUGAGCUGCUGCCAGUGCGCGUUCGAGGACACGGCCUUCUUGGCGGGGACGUGCGGCGCGGGCUUCGCGCUCUUCAUGUCGAUGGUGGAGUACGUGCUGCGGACGCGCUGCGACUUGGCCGACCCUUGCGGACGCGCGGGCCGCGACGCGCAGCUGCUGCUGCCGCAGCUGGGAGACCCGCCCGCCGUCGACUUCAUCGUCGUCGGCGCCGGCGUCGCGGGGCCCGCGCUCGCCGCCCGCCUCUCGGAGAGGCAGAACUGGACCGUGCUGCUGCUGGAGGCGGGGCCCGAGGAGCCCACCGCCACGCAGAUACCGACGUUCGCGGUAGCAGCAGUGAACACGGCGCUCGAUUGGAAUUACACGACAGAGGUGCAGGAGCAGGCGUGCCUUAGUACAGGAGGCGUCUGCAGCUGGCCGCGGGGCAAAAUGGUGGCCGGCACCGGCGCCAUGCAGGGCAUGAUGUACACACGAGGCCACCGAAGCAUCUACGACGGCUGGGAAGCGGCUGGUAACGAGGGCUGGGGCUACGACGACGUGCUGCCGUACUUCAUAAAAGCGGAGAACAACCUGGAGGCCGACGAGAUGGACGAAGGUUACCACGGCACGGGAGGACCGCUCGUGGUGCAGCGCUUCGCCAGCCAUCCGCAGCUCGCUGAGACCAUCGUGGAGGCGGGAAUAGAGCUCGGCUACCGCACGGGAGACCUCUGCGGCAGCAACCAGACGGGCGUCGCCAUAGCGCAGAUGAUGGUGAAAGACAGUCUACGAGGCAGUACACCCGCGCUCUACCUAAGGCCUGCUGCAGCCAGCAACCCAAAUCUGCACGUUGGAAUAAAUGCUCACGUUACCAGAGUUCUCAUUGAUCCUGACACCCUUACUGCGACUGGCGUGGAGUUUCUCGACGAGAACAACAACCUACACACUGUACGAGCAAACAACGAAGUCAUCCUGAGUGCCGGCGCCAUAGGCUCUCCUCAGUUACUCAUGCUUUCUGGUGUCGGGCCACAGGCAGACCUCGAGGAUGUCGGCAUAACGCCGCUGAAGAACUUGUCUGUUGGACAGAAUCUACACAAUCACGUGUCAGGUUAUGUGGCUUUCUACAUCAACAAUACUUCGUACGAAUCUCUGACGACAGAAGUGCUCAACGAAUUCGUCACCAAUCGCACUGGCCCCAUGUCAGGUACAGGUCUGACACAGACAACUGGCUUCAUGCUUUCCAAGUACGCAACUGAUGGCGUGCCCGACCUGCAGAUCUUCUUCGACGGUUUCAAUGCGGCUUGCUCUCGCUCAGGCUUAGCGGAGGAAUGCACCAGUGGAGAGGUUAACGUGGACUGUGGCCGCCGAUAUAUCGACGCGCGACCGACCAACAUCAUGCCACGUAGCAAGGGCUACAUGAAACUACGCAGCUCCAACCCUCUCGACUACCCGCUCUUCUAUCCCAACUACCUCUCUGAGCAGAUCGAUGUAGACAUACUGGUCGAGGGCAUCAAACUGGUGAUCAACAUGACACGGACGGAGGCGAUGCAACGCUGGGGCUUCGAGCUGGACACGACGGUGACGGCCGGCUGCGAGGACUACGAGUUCGCGUCAGACGAGUACUGGGCGUGCGUGGUGCGCUACAGCACCGGCGCCGAGAACCACCAGGGAGGCACCUGUAAGAUGGGGCCCGCCACCGACGGCUCCGCCGUCGUAGACCCGCGCUUCCGGGUGCACGGCGUGGCUGGGCUGCGCGUCGUCGACGCUUCCGUCUUCCCGUACAUACCCAACUCCAACCCCAUCUCGUCCAUCGUCAUGUUGGCCGAGAGGGCGGCCGAUUUCAUCAAGGAAGACUGGCCCGAGGAAUCUGCCUGAAGCACGCUCGAGAUGGACACGAACAUUUACCGCAGACUGCUUUGAAAUGGUAGACUAAUUCGAUAUUAGUGGCUCCCUGCACUUACAAGAUACGUAAAGGUACAGAACUCACUUUAAGAGUACAUGACAUUUGUGGUGGAAUGACCUCAACUCCAUAAUUUUCCGUAACAUUUCUGCAUCUGAUUCGUUUAUUCUUUCCCUGUAUGGCAUUAACACUGCCAUAUUUCCUUAUUUCUCCGUUUUAUCUCUU